AUGGCGCAAGACGAUGAAAGAGGUGACGCGGGGGGAAAUGUCGACGAGACGACCGCUCUUCUGCCCAAGAAUGGAGACGAAGAGUCAGGAAGUGUUGCGGGAGACAUUCUGCCAGAGGAGAAGACGCCGACAUCAAGACUCGUCCUCCAUGAGUUCUGGGUUCUCUUCAAAGGAUCUGUCCCUGUGAUCUUGGCAUACACGCUCCAGAAUUCGCUGCAGACAUUCUCGAUCCUAAUCGUCGGACGGGCCUCACCUCAGGAUCUGUCGACUGCCGCCUUCUCGUUCAUGUUCGCGAUGUGUUCCGGCUGGCUAAUUGGUAUGGGUGGAUCGACUGCAUUGGAUACUCUCGCAUCGUCCAGCUUUACUGGCAGCAAGGACAAGCACGACCUCGGAGUUCUGCUACAGCGCUCUUUUGUGGUCUUGACACUGUUUUAUGUGCCUGUCGCCAUCCUUUGGGCAGCAUCCGAGCCGGUAUUCAAAGCACUCGGCCAAAGCGAGCAGCUCUCGAGGGACAGCGCUAAGUUCCUGACGUGCCUCAUCCCAGGCGGUCUGGGAUACAUCUAUUUUGAGACGAUGAAGAAGUAUCUGCAGGCCCAGGAGAUCAUGCGGGCCGGAACAUAUGUGCUGCUCAUCACAUCUCCAAUCAGCGCGGCGCUCAACUACCUCUUCGUGUAUGUCGCCGGCUGGGGACUGUUCGCUGCACCUUUCGCAACAGGAAUUGGCUACUGGCUGUCCUUCUUUGGCCUGAUCAUCUAUGCUCGAUUCGUCGCUGGAGGCGAGUGCUGGGGCGGUUGGUCAAAGAAAUGCCUGCACAAUCUCGGUACAUUUGCUAAGCUGGCGAUUCUUGGUGUCUUCCACGUCGGCACGGAGUGGUGGGCAUUCGAGAUCGUCACCCUUGCUGCUGGCAGGCUGGGAGAGAUACCGCUUGCUUCGCAGAGUGUGGUAGCCACGGCGGAUCAGGUCAUGAACACCAUUCCUUUCGGUAUUGGGGUUGCAGCUAGUGCUCGGGUCGGCAACAUGCUCGGCUCCAGAAACGCGAAGGGUGCAGCCAGAUCAGCAAAUACUGCUGCAUGGCUCAGUAUGAUCAUGGGGGGCCUUGUGCUUGCCGUCCUGAUGGGAACGCGAAACCACUUCGCCAAGAUCUUCAACGACGACGAACGCGUCGUGAAGUUGACGGCGGAUGUCCUGCCGUACGUGGCUCUCUUCCAGAUUGCAGAUGGUCUCAAUGGAAGCUGUGGUGGUGCUUUGAGAGGUAUGGGCAGACAAGAGAUCGGUGCUGCUGUGAACAUCAUCAGCUACUACGGUGGCGCCCUGCCGCUGGGCAUCUAUCUGGCUUUCCAUGGCUGGGGACUGGCAGGCCUGUGGCUUGGCCAGUGCAUUGCCUCUACCUUGUCGGUGCGUUAG